UUCGGGACAAUUUUCUAGAUCCGCUGCCCUGAGUGACGCGAUUUCAAUCGGGGAAACACUUUCUUCGGCUUUUGGGAGUCUUUUUUACUGUGUUCGCCGGGAAGCCUGAGCAAGCUUUGAACCUUUGGCACAACUCCUUCGGUAUGAGUUUGACCCAAUUCGCCAUGCAGGUCGAGGAAUUGGCUUUUCUUGUCAAGGACAAUCUUCCUUGCAAGCAUCUAGUUCUCACUAUGGAAGAAGCCCUAGUUAAGUUCCUUCAGGAUGAUAACACAUGUUCAGAUGGGAUCUUGGAAUUGGAGCCAAUGGACUCUUACAGUCGUCUUCUCUUACAUCGUCUUGCAGAGAUAUUUAGGUUUACACAUGAAUCUGUUGGUGAAGGAGAUGAUCGCCAUUUGAUUCUGGUGAGGUGUCCAGAGACAUCUAUACCUCCCAUCCUGGUUAGUGAUAUCCUCUGGGAGUAUGAUGAGCCUCAGCAUCUGAUUUCAUCACACCAAAUAUUAAGGAGAAAAGAAACCAUACCAGCCUCUCAGACAAUUACAGCACCCUUUCAGCAGUCACUAGAGAAGAGAAAAGAAGCUUAUUUGAUUGCUCGAGAGCGAAUUUUUUCCAUGAAUUUGGAGGACGAGAAAGGGUCUGGUGAACAGAAACCCCGAAGUGUGCCUGUGGUUGCCCGCCGAAUGAUUGCUCAUGCUCUAGGUCAAAGCAUCCAUUCAAAAAAUCAGAAUGGCUUGCCUAACAAUAAUAUGAAGGAUAGAGUAUGUACCGACGUAUCAGAUGAUCAGAAUAAGAGCAGUGAAGAGUCCAACCUUGUGGAACAUUCUGAAGAGUCUAUACACCCAAAAAGGAACUCAAACAGUAGAAUAAGAAAUGAUAGCAGCUCCAAUGCAUCCUCGUUCAAUGAAAGGAAUGAUGACAAACCACAAGUCUCUCAACAUGUAAAGCAUGGUAACAGGGCAAGUAAAGUCGACUACAUGAAAAUGGAGCAUUUAGGAGCUGCGAGGAGAAUCUUUGCCCAUGCUUUGGGGGUGCACUCUGGGAAGGAUGCUGCUUCUGCUUCUAAAAGUGGUAGAGAAUUAAAAAGGAGUGACACAGAAUAAGGUGGAUAAAUUUUAUACACUACUGCUGCUCUAAAUGAACAUUCGCAGGGGCACGGCCAGGUUUCAAUUGUGAUGAGAGGGAUGAGGAAUGAAUACAUUUUACUUAAAAUUCGUGAUGUUUUCUGGGGAUAUUCAGGCGAAAGAUUAUCCUAGUAUUAUGGUUUUUCAGUUAUAAUUAAAUAUGCUUUAGUAAGUUGAGAAGCAAUGCAGUUCAAAGGUAUCAUCAAAGAGGUAGAAGAAACAGUAUCUUGUCGACCUGCCUUGGCAUGUGAAACACAGUUGGUUGCGUGGAGUUUAGUCUACCGAACUUCGUAACCCUUGCAGUCCUGUCUUCAUUGUAGAUGUUUAUUUUGUUAUGUUAACGUCUAGGUUUUCUUCAUGGACACGGACCUUCCGCCGUGCUAGGUAUGAACGAGUCAUUUCUUCACAUGGAGGGGGGUGUAUGUAUUUUUAAUGUAACAUAUUUCUUUAUCUUGUUUGGGAAAUUCCAAUUUAGGUUCUUCUGUUUUA